AUGAAAGCAGAGGCAUGGGUGUUGGGUGUGGAGAAGUUGUUCGAGGUCUUUCCAUGCACUGAAGCUCAAAAAGUACAGCUUGCCGCCUUCACUCUUGAAGAUGAAGCACGUAGGUGGUGGAUGUUUAUGAGAAUUGAACAUCAAGGGUUGACUUGGGCCCUAUUUCUGAAACUCUUCUAUGACAAAUAUUUUCCGCAGUGUAUACGAGAUAAGAAGGUGACUGAGUUUGAGACUUUGAGACAAGGAAACAAGACUGUUGCAGAGGAUGUUCGGGUAUAUCCCAACUUGUUACCUCUUGAUGUGGCUUACUUUGACAUAAUUUUGGGGAUGGAUUGGUUAAGUGAGUAUCAUGUGACUAUUGAUUGUAUGUCCAAGCAAGUUACUUUUCACCCUCUGGGACAGCCAGAGUUUACCUUAAAGGGGCAUAGGGUGAUUUCUCCACCUUACUUAAUUUUCGCAAUGAAAGCGUGCAAAUUAUUGCAAAAGGGGUGUCAGGGGUAUUUAUGUAGCAUAUUUAAAGGACAACCAGCGAAUGUGUGUGUUGAUACAAUUCCAAUCGUUCGUGAAUUUCCGGAUGUUUUUCUGAAGGAGUUACCAGGAGAGCUAGUGGAUUAUGAAAUUGAGUUUACAAUUGACGUAGUGCCGGGAACUCAACCCAUUUCCAAAACUCCUUAUAGGAUGUCACCGGCUGAGAUGAAAGAGUUGAAGGUCCAGUUGCAAGAUCUACUCGACAAAGGGUUCAUUCGCCUGAUGGUGUUCAUUGACGACAUCCUCAUUUAUUCGACAAGUACGGAAGCUCAUGAGAACCAUCUACGGCUACAUGAAGUGGGGUUCUUGGGACAUGUCAUAACGAAGGAGGGCAUUUCUGUUGACCCACACAAGAUCGAAGCUAUUGUGAAUUGGCUAACUCCUACUAAUGUGACCGAGGUGCGUAGUUUCUUGGGAUUAGCCGGGUACUACCAAAGGUUUGUUAAAGACUUCUCCAAAAUUGUUGUACCACUUACCCAAUUAACUCAGAAGGGUGUUUUCUUUGAAUGGUCGGAACAACGGGAACUGCCUUGCAGGAAUUGA